AUCGGCGAUUCGACAUGGGUUUCGAGUUUUGAACUUGGUACUGGUAGCAUGCGUCUUUAGUUCAGCCUCAGAACCUUCACGGCUUUCGACGGCAGCCACCCCUGGAGAUGCAAGUCUUUCUGUGACUAAUUUCGAGAAGUGCGUUGGUGUGAGGCACGGAGGCGGUCCUACUGAGCAUGGCCUCGCAUCCAGCGGGGGCGACUGAGGAGGAGGAGGGGGAGGAUGGCAACUCUGACACAGCAGAGAGAACAAAUGAAGCUCUCAGACACUGCAGCAGGGAGGCUAAAGCUGGCGACAGGAGGGAUGACAGCGCGGUAAUGUUAUGGCCCGGAGUCACGAAGAAGAUGCCGUUGCUGUAUUCAGAGCAGACGCCAUCCAUGGGAAGCCAUCCUCUGUUUCUGCGCGUCUUGGGAGAGAAAUACAACAUGGCGUUCAAGAUGGUGAGCACCGAGUGUCGGCUGGUGCGGCAGCUGCUGGCGGCGCACGGCUUCCACGAGGUGCACGCGAACAGCGGCGGCUUCUCGCUCAUGUGGAUCGGCUCGCACGUGAACCGCUACCUGCUGCGCAACUUCAAGGAGCACCAGAAGAUCAACCACUUCCCGCGCUCGUACGAGGUGACGCGCAAGGACCGCCUGUGCAAGAACGUGCAGCGCAUGCAGCGCGCCAAGGGCAAGAAAUACUUUGACUUCAUACCUGAGAGCUACCUACUGCCGACAGAGUUCCAGGAUUUCAGCAGUGCCUUCAUUAAAGACAAGUGUCCGUGGAUCGUGAAACCUGUAGCCUCCUCGAGAGGGCGAGGCAUCUCAAUCGUGACUCACCCUGACCAAGCUCCAUUGGAUGAUCCUAUGGUUGUAUCCCGGUACAUUCAGAAUCCUCUGCUCAUAGAUGGCUUCAAGUUUGAUGUGCGUCUGUACGUCGGCGUGACGUCGUACGACCCUCUCGUCGUCUACCUGUACGAGGAGGGGCUGGCUCGCUUCGCCACUGUCAAGUACGACGAGACGUGCCGGCAGUACCACAACCAGUGCAUGCACCUCACCAACUACAGCCUCAACAAGAAGAGUGACAGAUAUGUCAGGUGCGAAGAUCCGGACAUAGAGGAUUUCGGAAACAAGUGGUCGAUGAGUGCUAUGCUGCGAUACCUGAAGUCUCAGGGACACGACACAACUAAGCUGAUGGCAAGAAUAGAAGAUCUCAUCAUAAAGACUUUGAUCUCAGCAGAGCUGCCGAUAGCUACUGCUUGCAAGAUGUACAUGCCCUACCGCAGCAACUGCUUUGAGAUCUACGGUUUUGACAUUUUAAUCGACGAUACGUUUAAACCUUGGGUGCUGGAGGUGAAUUUAUCUCCUUCCUUAGCCUGUGAUACUCCCCUGGAUCUCAGAGUCAAGUCUGGAAUGGCUGCAGACAUGUUCAAUUUAGCAGGUUUUGGCCUACAUGAUCCCAUUACAUCGCAGAAGUUCCAACAGGCCAGAAAUAGCAUUAUAAACCAGCCCUCUGCAAACAGCACUCGGCCAAAGCCACGCACACAGCAGAUGCCGUCACAGAGGAGGCGGCAUGUCGUGCGGUCGAACCUGUCGCCGGACGAACGCCGCGUGCUGCGCAUCGUUCGGGAGGAACAUCACCGCCGCGGCGGCUUCGUGCGAAUCUUCCCCACGCCCUUCACCUGGGAGCAAUACUCAUCAUUCCUGGAGUUCAAAACCUCGUACAACCGCAUGCUGCAUGAGGAAUUGUUCCCCGACCGAGUGAAACCCAGCUCGGCAGUGCUCGGAAGAAAUGGCAAUAACGUCGGUGUGAGGAAAGACGUGCUGGAUAGAGUGGAGCAAUACGUGAAGAAGAAAACCACAGAUCUAGCUUGUGAUCUCACGCCGACUUACGGCGUGUGCCCACCGGCUCCCGGACUGCAAAGUCUACCAGCUUGUAUAACAAGUGAGAAGCCAGCGUUCGAGCUAGUGGCAUCGCCCCAUGAAACAAGAGACAGUUCAGACCAAUCCGUUUCCUAUGUAUACUCCAUCGAAAAGAAUGGAGCGCAGUUAAGCAAGCUGCAGGCGAGGAGAGCAUUCGCUGCGUACCUGCAGUGUGUGGGCAGCAAACUGCAGCAGGAAUCCGUUCCUGACAACCAAGCCGAGGCACAGAUCACGUUAGUGCUGCGGUUUCUUAGGAAGGCCAUAGUGAAUUUGGAACAACCCUUUCUGCUGGUGGAACCAAGCAAUGAUCUCUCCGUGACCGAACGUAGACUCUCCCUCGCAGUCAUCCUUGCCAACUUUGUAGCUGUUUACGCUAAGGAGACAGAGAAGUUGAUUUUCCUCAAGAACAUCGGGAAUCUGCAGGGUAGAGGUGACUAUACUCCGUCUCAGGGUAUCUCUGAGUCCGAGUUUAACAAAUUUCUGAAGAAUUCUAGUGAGAACCAGCUGGAGGACAUUCUGACGACCUACACGAAGGUCAACAAGUCAACAAGUAUCUUCAUUGGCAGCGUGAAUGGCCGGCACCCGUCGCACCUGCCACGCGGCGUUGUCGCUCCCCUCGACGCGAGGGGCUACUCCAGCUACCCGCAGUCAAAAAACAGACCCAGUCCGAAAUCUGCAGGUGUGCAGGUUGCAGCCGUAUAUAGUAACAAGGCAGUCGGCCCGUCAGAACGACCUCAGUCAACUUCAAGCAAUAAUAAAUCAGCGGGGAGCCACGCCAGGGCCGCGCGCGCCCGCUCCGCGCGCGCCUACAACGAGCCAUCUCCCCCACGCGGCGACGACUCCCUCAGCGACGCCCUCAAGCGGCUGGCACUGCGC